GGCGCCGCCGCGGCCAUGGGGGCCCUGACCAGCCGGCAGCACGCGGGCGUGGAGGAGGUGGACAUCCCGUCCAACUCCGUGUACCGCUACCCGCCCAAGUCCGGCAGCUAUUUUGCCAGCCACUUCAUCAUGGGAGGAGAGAAGUUUGACUCCACACAUCCAGAAGGUUACCUGUUUGGCGAGAACAGCGAUCUGAACUUCCUGGGGAACAGGCCCGUGGUGUUUCCUUAUGCUGCCCCACCUCCCCAAGAACCAGUGAAGACUCUGAGAAGCUUGAUCAACAUCCGAAAGGACACACUACGACUUGUCAAAUGCGCUGAGGAAAUCAAAAGCCCGGGAGAAGAGACUGGUAAAGCUAAGGUCCACUACAACGUCGAGUUUACCUUUGACACAGAUGCUCGGGUGGCCAUCACCAUCUACUAUCAAGCCACUGAGGAGUUCCAAAAUGGUAUCGCCAGCUACAUUCCAAAAGACAACAGCCUGCAAUCGGAGACUGUGCACUACAAGCGAGGGGUGUGCCAGCAGUUCUGCCUGCCCUCUCACACCGUGGACCCCUCGGAGUGGGCCGAAGAGGAGCUCAGCUUUGAUCUGGACCGAGAGGUUUACCCUCUGGUGGUGCACGCUGUGGUGGAUGAAGGCGACGAAUAUUUCGGCCAUUGCCAUGUAUUGCUGGGUACGUUUGAAAAGCACACAGAUGGGACUUUCUGUGUCAAGCCCCUCAAACAGAAGCAGGUGGUAGACGGGGUCAGCUACCUCCUUCAGGAGAUCUACGGAAUAGAAAACAAGUACAACACACAGGAUUCUAAGGUGGCCGAGGAUGAAGUGAGCGACAACAGUGCCGAGUGUGUGGUGUGUCUCUCGGAUGUCCGGGACACCUUGAUCCUGCCCUGCCGCCACCUCUGCUUGUGUAACACCUGUGCGGACACCCUGCGCUACCAGGCCAAUAACUGCCCCAUCUGCCGGCUCCCCUUCCGGGCACUGCUUCAGAUCCGAGCCAUGAGGAAAAAACUGGGCCCCUUGUCCCCAACCAGCUUUAAUCCCAUCAUCUCCUCUCAGACAUCUGACUCUGAGGAACACUCGUCCUCAGAGAACAUUCCACCAGGUUAUGAAGUGGUGUCUCUUCUGGAAGCCCUCAACGGGCCUCUCACCCCGUCCCCAGCGGUUCCUCCACUGCAUGUGCUUGGAGACGGCCACCUCUCAGGAAUGCUGCCUUCGUACGGCAGUGACAGCCACCUGCCCCCCGUCAGGACACUGUCCCCCCUUGACCGCCUGUCUGACUGCAGCAGCCAAGGACUCAAGCUCAAAAAGAGUCUCUCCAAAUCUGUUUCCCAGAAUUCUUCCGUGCUUCACGAAGAGGAAGACGAGCACUCCUGCAGCGAGUCAGAGACCCAGCUAUCUCAGAGACCCGAGGUUCAGCAUCCCGGGGAGGAAUGUGGUGUGACCCCAGAAAGCGAAAACCUCACCCUGUCUUCAUCAGGGGCUAUUGACCAGUCGUCUUGCACAGGGACUCCGCUCUCCUCCACCAUUUCCUCCCCCGAAGACCCCGCCAGCAGCAGCCUGGCCCAGUCGGUCAUGUCCAUGGCCUCCUCCCAGAUCAGCACUGACACAGUCUCCUCCAUGUCGGGCUCCUACAUCGCGCCUGGCAACGAAGAGGAAGGAGAGGCUGUCCCCUCGCCGCAGGGUGCCAGCAGAGCCCCCUCAGAAGAAGAUGAGGGGACGCCGGCAGAGUCUCCAGAUAGCAAUUUCGCUGGCUUCCCGGCAGAGCAGGAUGCAGAGGGAAAUGACGUCAUAGAGGAAGAGGAUGGAUCUCCCAUGCAAGAAGAUGGCCAGAGGACAUGCGCAUUUCUAGGUAUGGAGUGUGACAAUAACAAUGACUUUGACAUCGCAAGCGUGAAAGCACUGGACAAUAAGCUGUGCUCUGAGGUCUGCUUACCUGGUACCUGGCAGGCUGACAAUGUUGUCAGCCACCGGAACAGCCAGCGCCGGCGCUUAUCAUCCAGCAGCCUGGAGGACCCCGAGGAGAACAGGCCCUGUGCGUGGGGUCCGUUGGCUGUCUGAGAACACCCACCCCUGUAUCCAGGCCCCUCCUGUGUGCAUUCCAUCCAUCCUCACUGGACCACUGGCCUCCUGAGCGUCCCCCACGAGAUGGGCACGGAAUCAGCCCACUCUUCUUCCCAACCUGGUUUCCUAUACCUGACCCCCCCCCUCCCGCACCCUCUCAGAAGGGACCAGAAGCUCUCCUUUCUCCUGUGGGCUCACACCCAUGAGACCCUUCGCAGAGACUGGCAUAUGCCCAUUGAUCUGCUCAGCAGGUGGAGCUGGGGAUGCCCCUCUUCUCCUGAGACGGUGGACCAAGCAGCAAGAGUUCGGGCAGCUUAGUUACAGACACCCAUCUCUGGCAGUUUCUGGUCUCUGCGCCUCGUAAUCACGUCAGAACCGCGGUGUGGGUGUGGGGAAGGCCCCUAUGAGAAGGGAGGGCCAGCUUGCGCUCUGUGGACCUGCCCCCUCCUGGGGCACCCAGAGCUGCUUUCUGAGGGGCAGGGAGACGGGGCAACCUAGGUAUGAGUUGGCAGCCAGCUCUUCCUUGUGGUCGUGGGGCGGGGCUCCUGUGUUCACGUGCCUGUCUGAGGCCCCAGGUAGGAGCACUUACCCCUCUCCCCGCCCAAGGCCUCAUCAGGAGCCGUCAGGAAGGCACCACUGCAAGCAGCUCAUUUCUGGAACACCUCUCCGUGUAUAUCCAGGGGCAGGGAGCAGGGGGUCUUUAAUACUACCACCCUCAUCUCCACCUUUUUUUUCUUAAAUAACUGAAGAAAUAGGCUAAGGAAACUAUAGACUAGUGCCACUCAAAAGUGUGUUCAGGGUCACCAAAGAACAUGGUGCAGAGCCCCAGGCCAGAAGCAGUGGCCUGGAAGCCAGAGAGAGGACUGGGGUCAGAGCCUUCCUGUGGAGGUCCCUCCACAGCUUUGAGGUAUUCCCAGCCUUCCAGAUCUCCUGAGCGUGACAGGCAAGGGGCAGGUAGAGGCGAUUUAGGGAUGCUCAGUUGGCUACCAAACCACGCCUGUAAUCAGCAGGGCUGGCCUGGAAGUUGUUGGGUGUCCACCUUUCUCAUCUCAAGGUAUUCCUCCUGGCUUCUGGCUUCUGAAAAAUGUGCUUAUUUAGUGGGACAUGUGAUAGCCUGGAAAACAGAACCGGAAGUGAUUACUGUUAGAAGCAGAAGGCCUCGGGCUGGGCCUGCGAUGUGUUAGGAUUGACAGUUGUCGCCUACCUAGGUGAACUUUCCAAAAAAAAGGAGCUGUGGCUCUUUUUGGUGUAGCCGCAGAGGCCCAGGAGUACGGUGAUUGUCACACUGCCUAGUGGUUGUGGCACAUGGCCUGCCCUUCUAGAGAGGGGCGUCUGUCCUGCCUGGUGAGCUUGAGUUCCCGUGUCAUGCCCACCCUCUCCGAGAACCACAGGGAGCCCCGCCCCCACCAGGACCUCCUUUCCUUCCUGCGACAUUCUCAGACCCUGUUGAUAUUCCAGGUUUGAACCAGUAUAAGUUGAGCAAUAACCCUACUUCCUAACUUCCUUGCAGUAUGACCCUAGAAGCAGCAGGCAACAGGGAGGGUCCCUCCUCCUGGGUGGUGGCUCACAGGCCCCCCCCCUCACCCAGCAGGCAGGCAGUGUUCACGGUGUGGUGUGAUCCACAGCCAAGGGGCAGGAGACUCAGGUAAACAGCAGGAACUCUCAAGAAGAAGCCAUUAUGGCCAGCCCUUCCUCACAAGCCAGUGCGCCAUAACCCUCCUAGGUGGGCCUCGGCUCCGUGGCCAAGACACACCUAGGGUAGUCAGCGUGCCCUUUAUACUGCCUUGUCCAAUUCCUGCUCCCCUUCUCAUUUAGCUCAUGGUAAGCAGAAACAGCCCAUCCGCCCGAAUGGGCCUCCGUCAGCCUGACCAGGAACAGGACAACCUUCACGCCUGCCCUAGUCUGUUAUAGAGGUAUUCAUGUUGAACUUGCCCAGGGAGUGUGACGGAGGCCUGUCUCUGACCACACAGCCUGGCCCCCGGGUGCUCUUGCUUUCUUAGUGGUCUUGAUUCCCUCGAAGAAUCUUCUUGCCUUCUACCCCGUUCUAUCCCACCAGAGUAUAUGCUCCCCCCCAAGGGGCACCUCCCAGGCACAGACCCAAACACUAAGCUGGCUUUCUGGAAGCGAGGUCCUGCCCACCUGGUGUUGGCAUGCCGUCACUCAUUUUGCUUAGGAGCUGCGUACCUGGUGUGUGCGCGUGCGCGCUGCGUGCACCGACCACGUGCGCCGUCGGAGGACGCGCACGCGCACUGCAGUGGGGACGUCGAGGAUGCAAUAUUUAUGGAUUGCUGCAUGAUUCUUAAAAAUGAAUAAAACUGU